AGAAUACAUUUGACGUCACAAUACGCAAACAAGCGACGUGUGUCUGGUUUCAGGACGCCUCCCUCGCAGGGUGCGUGGGAGGGCCGCCGAGCUUCUGUGGAGACCUACGGAAAGCGAGCGGCCUGUCUGCUUUUUAUUGCCAAGGGAGCGGCGUGAGGACAGCAUGCACAGCGUGAGUUCUCCAGCAGGCCGCGUCCUCAACGAGGACCAGUUUAGCUGCUCCAUCUGCCUGGAAGUGUUUGUGGAGCCCGUGUCCACGCCAUGCGGUCACAGCUUCUGCAAGGCCUGCCUGCAGGGCUACUGGAACCACAGCAAGAAGUUCCUGUGCCCCAUGUGCAAGAAAAGCUACACCAGGAAGCCCGAGAUGAGCGUCAACAGGGUCCUGGCAGAGAUCUCAUCUCAGUUCCAGGGGAUGGCGGUGUCCGGCGGGGCCGAAGCACUUGGAUCGUCCACGCGAGGGUCCAUGCUGAAUCUGAGUUCGGAUCCGGGAUCCCCGAGCUAUGAAACUGGCGAGUUUGCGCGGCCCGGGGAAGUACCCUGCGAUGCUUGUAUCGGAAGGAAGAUGAAGGCGCACAAGUCGUGCGUCAACUGUCCCGGGUCCUUCUGUCAAACCCAUCUGAGACAUCAUAAAAAGGUGAAGUCCCUGACGUCCCAUCGCCUGAUCGAGCCCACCUUCCACCUGGAGAGCAAAAUCUGUAAGAAGCACGAGCGCCUUCUGGAGCUUUACUGCCGCACCGACCACGCCUGCAUUUGCAGCGGCUGCGUGGACACCUCGCACAAAUCGCACGAUGUGGUCUCCGUGGACCAUGAGUGGAAGAAGAAAAUGAGCAGCCUGGGAAAGAAGCAGUCCGAGCUGAAGCACCUGAUUAAAGAGCGCGGAAAAAAGCUGGACGAACUCAAGCAAUCCAUUAAGGUCAUCAAGGCCAGCGCCCAGAAGGAGCUGGAGGAGAGCUGGCAGGUGUUUGCCGAACUGCAGCGCCUGGUGGAGCAAAGCCAAGCCGAGCUGGUGGAACACAUCGCCACGAGACAACGCGAGGCCGAGCGCCACGCGCAGGAGCUGGCGCGAAGCCUGGAGAACGAACUGAGUCAACUGAGGAGGCGGAGCCAUGAGUUGGACGCCCAGGCCCAGAACAAGGACAAAGUGGUCUUCUUGCAGCACUUGGCCACCUUGCCCCCGCUUCCCGAGCCCACCGACUGGUCGGCGGUGAGCAUCAACACCGACCUCUACCUGGGAACCAUCCGCUCGUCCGUCAGUGGCCUUAUGGACAAAUUUCAGGAGGAGCUGAAGAAGCUGUAUGGCAAAGAACUCCGCAAAGUGCAGAACUACUCCGUUGAGGUCAUCCUGGACCCAGCCACCGCCCAGAAGAACCUGGCGCUGUCCGACGACGGCCGCCAGGUGAGGUACGAGGAACGCAAGACGGCUCACUCCGAGGGCCCUAAACGUUUCAGUCCGGCCCUCUUUGUCCUGGGCCGGGAGGCUCUGAGCUCGGGACGCCACUACUGGGAGGUGGACGUGGCCCGCAAGACAGCCUGGACUCUGGGUGUGGCCAACGCCUCGGCCCGUCGCAAGGGCGAGAUCAAGCUGAGUCCCGCCGGCGGCUACUGGUGCCUGUGGCUGAAGAACGGCCAGGUGAAAGCGCUGGCGUCCUCCCGCCUUCCUCUCACGCUAACGUCCCAGCCCGCUAAAGUGGGCGUUUUCCUGGAUUACGAAGGGGGCCAGGUCUCCUUCUACGACCCCAAGGCCCGCCUGCACCUCUACACCUUCGUCCACAACUUUAACGAAAACCUGUACCCCAUCUUCAGCCCCUGCCUCAGCCAGGACGGCAAGAACACUUCCCCUCUCGCUAUCACAUCCGUCAAACAUAGCUGACUUUGAUGAGGGUUGCAAGGGGGGGGGGGGGGGGGACGACUUCCAGAAAGUUUCUGGUGGAAUUUCAAUGGAGACCUUUUCAUACCGGUACAUGGACCUUUUAGUUUUUAUUUUUGGUCAUUAGCAAAUAUCAAUACAAAAUCAAUAGCUCUCCAAGUAAGGUCAUAACAAGAUGUUGAAUUGAUUCCCUGCUUUUUCACUCCCCCUUGAGCAGCAGUGUAAUCAAAGCUUGCUCAGAUCUCAAAAUGUGUCUUGCGACAAAUAGCAAAAAAUAAAUAAAAUAAUCGAGCAAGCAGCUGUUCAUAGCGUGAAAUAAGGUAUUUUGGGUACUCAGAGGUACUUGCAUGAAAUCUGCUUGUGUCCAACCAUCAUUUAAAAAAAAAAGAAUUCCCAUUAAUUUGUCCAAAUAGUUUUCCAAUUCCCUUAACUUUGCAACCCGACGUUUUCCCGUAAUGACGUACGCUUUGGAGCUCAACUGCCUGACACGCCCUGAAAACAAAAUUCAUUCGAUGUGGACAACAUUCACAACGGGUUCUAACUCUUUUUGUCUCAGACUUGGACUUUGGAGAUCAAAGUUUACUGACAACAGGCUCAAUUAAAGGAACAGACGGUGGUCUCAAUGUGUUGACUUGCUUUUGUUGAAUAAAGAUGCCUUCAGAUUUA